UAGAAAGAAAGAUGGCGGCCACAGGAGUGCUGCCGUUUGUUCGAGGUGUUGAUUUCUCAAGAAAUGACUUCAACGUUAUAAAGUUUCCACACAAUGUGGAGGAUAUGACAAGUCUAAGAUGGCUGAGACUAGCCAGAACCCAAAUCACAGAGAUCCCCAAGGAAGUGGAGAAACUCAAGAAACUGGAAGAUCUCAUGCUGGCUCAUAACAACAUUGAGAGAUUGAGUGCAGGAAUGACCAACCUCAAGUCUCUCAGUAAGCUAAACUGUCGACACAAUCAGAUCACCAACGAUGGGGUUCCACAAGGUCUAUUCAAUUUGCAGGAUCUGUCUGUUGUGGACUUGAGUCACAACAAACUGAAAGAGGUCCCACCAGAUCUGGAAAAUGCAAAAUCCGUGCUUGUUCUUAAUGUUGCACAUAAUGAGAUUGAGAUGUUGCCCAAUCAACUGUUUAUCAAUUUAUUGGAUUUAUUCUUCGUAGAUCUAAGUGACAAUGUUUUGGAGACGCUGCCCCCACAGUUGAGACGACUCACAAGUCUCCAGACUCUCAUCUUGAACAACAAUCCACUCAUACAUGCCCAGCUCAGGCAACUACCAGCACUAACAUCCCUUCAGACAUUGCACAUGAAGAAUACACAGAGGACUCUAGCCAAUUUCCCUACAGGAUUGGAUGCACUCACCAACUUACAAGAUAUUGACUUGUCCUACAAUGAUUUGCCUCGGGUACCUGAGGCUCUGUAUAAGCUCAGCUCACUUCGACGCCUGAAUUUGUGCAACAACCAGAUCUCGGAGCUCUCCCUUAUGAUAGAUGUUUGGACAAAACUGGAGACUCUAAAUCUUUCCCGAAAUCAACUGACUGCAUUGCCAACAUCUCUUCACAAGCUUGUGUCGCUGCGAAAACUGUAUGUGAACAGUAACCAGCUUGACUUUGAUGGAAUCCCUCCCAAUGUUGGGAAACUACACAACCUGGAGAUAUUCAGUGCAGCUGACAACAACCUGGAGAUGAUCCCUGAGGGGUUGUGCAGAUGUGGCAAGUUGAAAAAGUUGAUCCUGAACAAGAAUCGUCUCAUUACACUUCCAGAUAUCCUACAUUUACUUCCUGAACUUGAGACUUUAGAUGUGAGAGAAAAUCCUGACCUAGUGAUGCCACCCAAGCCAGCAGAACUACGGAAAGCCGCUGAGUAUUACAAUAUUGACUUCUCCCUUAACAACCAGCUUCGCCUGGCUGGGGCGGCACCACAGCCUACGGCAGGAGAACAGUCCACUCCACACAAGGACCCAAUAGCUAGGAAACUCAGGUUGCGUCGCCGUCGAGAUGGUCAAGAGAGUGAGAAGGUGUUGAAGGGAAUGAGGGAGGUUGCCAAGGAGAAAGCAGCCCAUGAAAAUUCUAAGGAUGAAGUGGAGAGGGAACCUGCCAAACCCAAGAGAUGGGAUGAACACCUCACUAGGCCUCAACUGGACUACAGGGAAAUAUUCGAUGAAGCUGUUGGACAAAUCCCAGGCUUAACAAGCUGGGAGAUAGAAAACUUUCUGCCAAAUAUUGUGGAGGAAGCCUUGGUAGGAAAGUUCUAUGAGGCAGACUGUUACAUUGUCCUGAAGACUUUCAUUGAUGACACUAACAGCCUAGGGUGGCAGAUUUGGUACUGGAUCGGAGAAAAAGCCACGCUGGACAAGAAAGCCUGUGCUGCGAUUCAUGCUGUAAACCUAAGGAAUCUGCUUGGUGCCAACUGUCGUACAAUACGAGUUGAAAUGAAUGAUGAAGACGAUGACUUCUUUGAUCUGUUUGAAAAUGGUAUUGCCUACAUCGAGGGUGGUCGAACUGCUAGUGGUUUCUUUACAGUAGAAGACACUGAGUAUGAGACAAAGCUGUACAAAGCCACAGGGACACAGUCGGUUCACAUGGAGAGGUGCCCAGUCAAUGUGAGCAGUCUUGACUGUCGACAUGUCUUCCUGCUGGACAGUGGACUUAAACUGUUUGUCUGGGUGGGCAAAACUUCCAAGGGUGUGACAAAGACCAAAACCAGGUUGAUAUCAGAAAAGAUAAACAAGAACGAACGGAAGAACAAGGCUGAGAUCUUUGUCCUGCCCCAAGGUCAGGAGACAGCAGAAUUCUGGAAACUUGUUGGUGGUCCUCCUCCUUCCCUGGUGGUGAAGGAAAGUGUACUGUCCGGUAUUGGCAUGAUAGCACCACGUUUAUACAGGGUAGAACUCGGGAAAGGCUACCUCAACUUGCCCCAAGUUGAAAUUCCCAAGGCAAAGUUGGUGCAGAGAUUACUGGACACAAAAUGUGUGUAUAUCCUCGACUGCAACUCUGAUGUGUUUGUCUGGAUAGGCAAGAAAUCCACCAGACUGAUUCGGGCAGCAGCAUUGAAGCUUUCUCAGGAACUGUAUUCAAUGAUGGAAAGGCCAAAGUAUGCCAGUGUUUCCCGCUGUUUAGAAGGUGGAGAGCAGCAGAUCUUCAAGACAAAGUUCGUUGGCUGGGAUGAUGUGCUUCCUGUUGACUACACCCGCACUGCAGAGUCUGUCAUUCGCAGAGGUGCCGAUCUUAAGGUGAUCAUGGAGCGUGACAAGAUGAAGACAGAUCUGUCGGCACUCUUCAUGCCAAGACAGCCUGGCAUGUCUGCUGAUGAAGCUGAGACACUGGCUUCUGAGUGGAAUGAGGAUCUGGAUGGAAUGGAGUCUUUUGUGUUGGAAGGCAAGAAGUUUGUGCGCCUCCCAGAGGAAGAACUAGGUGUGUUCUACAGUGAUGACAGCUAUGUGUUCCUGUGUCGGUACUGGGUGCCAGUGGAACUACCUGAAGGUGAGGAGGAAGAUGAAGAGGAUGUACCAGAGGAUGAAUACAAGUGUAUUGUGUACUUCUGGCAGGGCCGGACUGCUUCCAACAUGGGCUGGCUGACCUUCACCUUCAGUUUACAGAAGAAGUUUGCAGCUCUGUUUCAGGACAAGUUGGAAGUGGUACGACAACAUCAACAACAAGAGAAUCUGAAGUUUCUAUCCCACUUUAAGCGCAAGUUUGUCAUCCGCACUGGCAAGCGUCCAUUAAAAACACCAAACACGGAAUCAGUGAAACCAUCUACUGAGUUCUUCCAACUGAGAGCUAAUGGCAGUCCUAUCGCUACCAGAUGUGUGCAGAUUGCACCAGCCUCAGCGUCUCUUCUGAAUUCCUGUUUUUGCUACAUUCUCAUGGUUCCCUUUGAUAGUGAGGACAUGCAUGGCAUUGUGUAUGUGUGGGUUGGGAUGAAGGCAGACCACGAUGAAGCCAAGUUGGCAGAGCAGAUUGCCUACAUGAUGUACAAGGAUGAAUACACCAUCCAGAUGAUCAACGAAGGUGAAGAGCCAGAGAACUUCUUCUGGGUCGGCAUUGGUGGUCAACGGCCAUAUGAUCACGAUGCUGAGUUCAUGAAGUACUGUCGCCUGUUUCGAUGCUCCAAUGAGAAGGGAUACUUCACUGUAUCAGAGAAAUGUGCAGACUUUUGCCAGGAUGAUCUGGCUGAUGAUGAUGUCAUGAUUCUGGAUAAUGGAGAGCAAGUCUUCCUCUGGGUUGGCAAGAAGACCAGUGAUGUGGAGAUCAAACUAGCAUUCAAAAGUGCACAGGUUUACAUCCAACACAUCCGGAUUAAGCAGCCUGAGCGUCCCCGCAAACUUCUGCUGGCCAUGAAGUACAAGGAACACAAGAAGUUCACCAAGUGUUUCCAUGGCUGGGGCAAGUACAAAGAGGUGCUCAAGUAACUGCCUACAACCAGCCACACACUGUGCAAUAUCAGUUUCAAGAGGGGUGACACAGGCGUAACAAGCAUAUCCAAAGAUGAGAUCAUUGAGGAAUGAUGUGAUGUAGUGAGGCAGGUUGGGUACCUGUUGGUGUAAUGGAGGCUACGUGAUGUGGAUCAAUUGCAGUGUCUCGGGAAGAAGCUCAAGUGAAUUAUUUCCAGCUGGACAGGAGCUGAACAUGUGUUUGUCUAUUUUUAAUUACUGUGUCUAAGUAAUGAAGAUUUUGGAGCCUUUGACUUGUUUUUGGAGUGUAUGUUUGCUUCAGUAAGAAUCAGAAUACUUUUUGUGUUCAUUAGGUUGGAAAGGCUGUUUUAUUUGGCACCAGAGACACAAUCCUUGUAAUUAUUCUCAUCAGCAGACAAAUCAGGCAGUAGCUGAAACCUGUUACAAGUGUCAUCAAUAUAUAACAUUCUUAUCAGUAGCCACAGCUUGUAGAUUAGUACAUAUUAUGGCCACGCCUCCCAGCUGUGCAGAUGUCAUUGUUCCCAUUACUGCUAUACUCUGAUGUAGAAGUGGGAUGUAUAUCUACCAUUGUUAUGGAUGAGUCAUCUGUCUUUGCUAUGUGAUUACCAUUCCCAACUGUCGGUCAUGCAAUCCUUUUAGUUCCUGAAGUCAGUUUCCCACCUGCCAAUUGGGCAUCUAUGUACAGGUGUGUACCCAGCUGCCUCAUCCUCAGUUCAGCCGCUUCUGAUCACUGGUCCACGAGCCAAGGAAACAUUUGGGACACUGCUAUAGAUGUACUGCUACUUUGUAUGCACUAUGUUGAAACAGUUUGGAAAUAUUAUUGACAUAUUUAUUCCUGUUUUUACCUUCCCCCGGUGUGACACACUGCUUCCAAAGUGGAAAUGUAUCUUUCCUGUAUCUACCUGUAGGACAUUCCCUCUUACUCUUCUUUAUAUUUGUCAGCAAGUGAGUUUGUAUCUGAGAGAGAAUGGUGUGCUGUAUGAGAGACUUUGGUCAUUGUGUGUGGUUGUUGGCUUUCUAUUGGAAUGUUUACAAGCUUAUUAAAAUAUGCCCUAUUUAUGUACAUA